ACCGGACCAAACACCUUGACCGUUUCCCAAAUUCUUGAACAUCUCCAUUUCAUUGUCACAAACACUUAUCUUUAUGCAGCGGACGGCACCUGUCUCUUAUACACAUCUAGAUGUGUAUAAGAGACAGGGACGGCACCUUGCGACAUCAGUUGAUUGGCAUCUCGAUGGGGACUAAUUCUGGUCCGGAGAUAGCUAAUUUGACGUUGUAUUGGGAUGAGGCUCGAUUUGUUGAUGACCUCCAGCGGCGUGAUCUUCGCGCAGCUCAACGGUAUGCGUUCACAUACCGCUUGAUCGAUGAUGUUCUCUCAUGGGGACAUCUGCCACCACCGUCAGAGGACUAUGGCCUCGAAUGGAAGGAGACCACAACGCCUGAUGGCUCUUGCACAUUCUUGGGUGCACACCUCCAAGUCCGCCCUGACGGCUCCCUGCGUAUGAGUGUCUUUGACGAAGCAGCUGAAUGGAGUUUCCCUGUUAUUCGUUAUCCUAGUGCUGCAUCUAACGUCCCUGCACACCAGCCGGCGGGAGUGUUUACAGGCCAGCUUACUAGGUUUGAGUAUGUCUGCAACAACUGGUAUGAUUUCAAAACUGCAGCAGCGAUGCUCACACGCCGCAUGCUUUUUCGCGGGCACUCUCCAACAACGCUUGCGAAAGGAUGGACUUCCUAUAUUCGCUAUAUCGAUGUCCUGUUCUUGGUCGUCACCAAGAGUGGGGUCAUCUGCAUCGGCCUCUUCUUCAGCCUCCAACAGGUCAUGCACAGAAAAACGGCUGCUGCCUUUGAACUGCUUGCCGCUCAUGGGCUUUUUGCUGCCUGCUGUGGAAACGAGGUCUAUAGCCUCAAGACUGACUUUGUCCUUCAUAAGAGUGAACAAGUCAGUGUACCCAAUGAAGUCCUUGCCAAGGCGAUUAGUGAAACUGGUGGGAACCGCGCCUUUGACCACAUCCAAGCAAGAUUGAAGAUAAUGUGCAAACAUCGAGCUCCCUGCUGGAUGGACGCUGCUACUCAUGGGCGUCCAGCGAUGUCCAGUAACGCAGACCGGAGAUUCCCGUACCGAUGCAUCAUGUACACGUGGAGAUUGCCCCUUGCUGUGGCUUUUGGGCGGCGAAGAGGGAGUCCCUCCUCUCCACCUGGCUGUAGUUUUGGGCAUAGAUUCCGCCUUCUCCUGUUGGUGACUUGUAUGAUCUUUCCGCUGUGGUGUGGAGUCGCAAAAGGGGAGGUGUCGCCGACUCGUCUCAACUGUGGUGGUCUGGCAUUUGAAGAUGGUAAGGGUCUGUCUUGGGAGGAAGACAACUAUUAUGUGGGUGGUAACAGCCAACCUGCUCCAUCUAGUGCUUCACCAUAUUCAUAUCAAGAGAGGAGAACCUACAGGCAGUUCCCUGGAGGAGGGAAGUAUGUUAUUCCGGCAGUUGAUCGACAAUACUACCUGGUUAUUGUGGGUGUCCCCUUCUAUGGAACGGACAAUUUGACUUCGUUUGGAGUUGCGCUGCAAGGGAGGGAGGUGGCACGAGCGAACAUCAACAGCAGUGGGUUGACUGGUAGUACAUGGAGGGAGUUUGAGCUAACAGUCAUGGCAUUUGGGACCUCGAUCGAAGUGGAGUUCGUUCCUGGGAACACAGGGAAUCCUCGUGUGGGUGCGAUCCAGCUCCUUCCAAUUGUGGCGACACCGGCACUGAAGUGGCUGACACCCAAUUCAAUCCUGCGUCUGGAGGUGCGGUUGAAUUGCGGGGGCAAUACAAUUGCACGGAAUGGCUCACAAUUUUUGGCCUGGGAAAGUGAUGACCGGUUUCUUUCAUCCGCAAAUGAUACUUACUGUGAGAAUGGGAAUUCCACUGUCGAUCCUUUGACAAAAGCAUAUGGGUGGAUUCCACGAGAAGUGAUGCAGAGUCGACGAAUCGGGGUGAACACACUUGGGUAUCAGAUAACCUUAUCGGAGCCGUCGUUGCAAUACUUCAUUGCCUUGUACUUUGGGCCACAAGUUGAUGACAGUGAUGCUCAUGUCAGGGGCACAACUUCAGAGAUCGUAGUGGACAUUCCACGCUCUCAUCGCCCUCCAAUUUCUGGGGAUACCUCCUCGUCACACUCCCUUACUGCUUGGCUACCAAAGGUUGCUGUUGGGGAGAUCGGCGACCAAAGCCCCCUUAUUGUCCUUCGCCAAAAUGGAUCAUGGAAUCCCUUUAUCAGUGGGAUGGAGGUGUAUGCAUUGCUAGCACGUGUUGGGGAGACGCUGCCCUCUGAUGGGUUCCAUUCGUCCCUUGUCACCUUCUUGUAGUCUUGUAUUUGGAGCAUUUGUAGUAUGGGACCCACUUGGGCUCUGACAUAU